AUGGGCCAAGUACUGGGCAAGGUUGCUGUCCCCGUUCAGGAAGAGAAGGUGAAGGAGCCUGAAGGUCCCAAUUUCCCUGACUAUAUGCUCGACUCAAACGCUGUCACCUAUGACAAGGCAACAUGGCGAUACGGAGGACCACCAGACUACAGAGUCACCAGGCAGAUGUGGGCGAAUGAGAAACGCGCAAACCAUGGGGCCAAGUCUCUUGAGACACUGGUCGAGAACCUCGUCAAGAACUGGGAGAUCGAAGCGUCACAUAAGAUGGACGUGUCGGAAUGGCGAACUGUCGACCCGGAUAAAUACACCUUUUCCAUCAAUGGCGGACCACCUCAGGACGCGGAACACAUGCUGAAAGUUGGUACUUAUUCGGCGGUCAUAGCGCCAAACAAGUAUUACGGUGCCAACUCCACAUUCGACGAGAGCCACAAGACGUUCAGAGACAUGAUGCCGAACUUUGCGUGGGAAGUGCUCGAGGUGUACAGCGGCCCGCCGGUCGUGGCCUUCAAGUGGCGCCACUGGGGGUGGAUGAAGGGCGAUUAUGUCGGGAAAAAUGAAGAGGGAUCUACGGUGACCAUCAAAGCUCACCGCGGGAUCCUCGAUAUCCAAGGUGUGACAGUAGCAAAGCUGAACGACAAGUUCCAAGUGACGAGUCUCGAGACAUGGUUUGAUCCGACAGACAUGUUCAAACAGAUGCGGCCGUCGGACGAGACGAUGACAACGAGGCGGAUGGAGUGUCCCAUGGGGUACACGUCUGACAUGAAGGGGAUGGGCAGUAGGGGAGUUGGGCAUUGA